GUGUGUGUGUGUGUGUGCACCUUUAUCUAGAAACGUUGACUCUUGCAGCCUCUGUGUUACCAUCUGUUGUCCUCUCGUGGUUCACAUGGAGCAAAGUGAUUAGGAGGCCGCGGAGGAGACAGACAGCACGACGAACAGGAUGCCUCUGAACGCGGGAGACCCGGGCUACGGCAGCGUGCCAGGCCCCGGGCCGCCGGGCGGUGUGGGCGGCUCGGAGACGGCGCCGCUGCUCAUCCCGGAGCCCGACCCGGAACCGGCGCAGCAGUGGCAGCCCAUGACCAAAGAGGAGCUGGAAGUCGCCGCGGGGGGUCCGGGGUGGAGGAGGCUGCGUUGCUACAUGGUGCUGCUGUUCUGGCUGGCCUGGGUGGCCAUGCUCGCCACCGCCAUCGCCAUCAUAGCGGUGAGCCCCCGGCCGGUUGUGACACCGCUCAGGUGGUGGCAGAAGACGCUGUUCUACCAGCUGCGGCCCGACCUGUUCGUGGAGGCGCAGGCGGAGGGGUCGGGGGGCAUAAAUGUGCUGUGUGAGCAGCUUCCCUACCUCAGGUCCCUGGGUAUAGGGGCUCUAAUCCUGGAGGGCCUGUUUGAUAAAGAGGCGUCUCCUUUAAACCUCACUGCGACUGGUGAACGCUCGGAGACGUUGCCUCAGAUCCAGCAUCUGCUCACAGAGAGCAACAAGGCAGGUCUCAAAGUGGUGUUAGACUUCUGUGAACUGGAUCUAGAUGUAGCAGGAAACAAGCCAUCCAUCCCCUCAGCCACAGUACAGCAUGCACUGCGGUUCUGGUUGGAGCAGGGUGUGGCAGGUUUUGCAAUCUGUGACACAGAUGCAGCAUAUUCAGAAAAGACGCUGCUGGAGUGGAGAGGUAUCUUCAAGGAAUUUGGAAGUCAGGAGGACGAAAGGAUUGUGGUGGUAAAACAAACGCAAGACAUCCUGCCUCCUCUGAACAACUCCAGCCAGAUCAACAAGACGCUGGUGGAUGUGGUAAUGAGGUCAAUUCUGCCAUCUUCAAAUCGCUUGUUGUCAGCCCAGGAAGUGGCUGACGCUAUAGAGAGAGACUUGCAAACAAAAGAAGAUGAUAUAUGGCCCAGCUGGACAGUUGGAGGUAAAGCAUCUCAUGACUUGAAGAAAUUACUCCUGGUGUUGAUGAUGACUCUGCCAGGAUCACCUGCAUUCCAGUAUGAUAAAGAGAUUGACCAAACACAGGACAAGGAGAAGGCGAAGCGUUCAGCUGUAGCUCUCUUUACCUCCCUCAGUCGCGCCAGAGCCAGAGAAGAAGCUCUUCUGUACGGCAGCUUCACCUUCCUACCCUUCAACACCUCCACCAACUCCACUCUUGCCUCUCCUUCGUCUCCCCCAAUCCUGGCCUUCCUGCGCUCCUGGGGCUGUGUCCACUUCCUGGUUCUGCUCAACGUCGGGCCUGCGCUUCACGCUCUGGAUCCUGCCUGGGCCCCGAGCCUGCCCGAGGCUGGAGUGUUUGUGACCAGCACAGGAAAGGACCGCCUGGGGUCGACAUCUCUGUACACGCUGGAACUGCAGCCCCACGAAGCCAUCGUCAUCAAACUGUUUGAGAAAGGAAGCUACUCGUAGAGUUUAUGUCAUCAGUUGCUUGGAGAUUUAGGUGCUGGGAUUUUGAGUUUUCUUCUCACAGAAUGACAAAUAUCUAACACAAAUGUUUUUUUUUUUUUUUUUUUUUUUAAAGUUCUGAUUGCUAUGUACUCACAGGUCACUGAAAAUAAAAUAGUUAAUUUGUUGUGUGCGGCAUCAUUUGUUGUCAGGAUAUAGUGGGUUCUGUUUUACCCUCUUGAGUCUAUGUAGGUGAAUACACUGAGCGUGUUUUAGUUAUGGAAACAUAACAUUAACAUAACUUUAUAUAUCAGGUAAAGACCAGGAAACCAUUUGAAAGU